AUAUUACUACUACUAGUACUACUAGAUCAUGAUUCAUAAAUCAAGCAAACUUAGCUUAGAAUCACAUCACAUAUCAUAAAUGUUAGCACCACCAGAGAUAGUUCACCUCUGACACUACACACCUACCUACUACUCCAGUACUAGCUCACUUCUCUCACCAACACUCACUCACAUGAAAUACUCUAAUUCCAAUUAGUCAACUCACAAACCCCACUUGUUAAUCUUAAAAUAUCAUUCUAAGCUUUUCAAAUCCCAAUUAACCAAAACAAAUAAGGACAAGAUAGUGAGUUACUCUACUCUACACUGAGCUUAAGAAGAAGAAGAAGAAGAAAAAGCAAAGAAAGAAACCAAAUGGGUUUCACAUUCAGCACCAUGACACUAAAUCUUCUUCUCCUAAUAGCAAUGGUAGCAACCAACAUUCUCUCCCUCUACCAUCUCUCCACAACUCUCCAAUCCCCUAAAUCCCCAAAACCACUUCCACCGAUACCCGAUGAACUCCUCCGUCAACUUCACACCAUACGCGCCACCAUCAACCACCUCACGCGCCUCCAGAACACCAACCCCAACACCAACACAAAAUCAUCAAUCCCUUCAGAUCUACUCCUCUACUCACACAUCUCACCAAUUGCUUCUUCUUGUCAUAACCACCCUGAUCUUCUUCAUAAGUACAUGACCUACACACCGUUCUCGAUUUGUCCUUCUGAUUCAGAGCUCGCUGAAAGCUUAAUUCUUCGCGGUUGUCAUCCUCUCCCUCGCCGGAGAUGUUUCUCUCCGACGCCGAAGAAACAAACUUCGUCGAGUUCUCUUCCGAAAAAUCCUUUUCCUUCUUCCUUACCUGAUUCCUCUGUUAUCUGGGAUCGUUACUCAUGUAAAUCAUUCGAUUGUUUUAACCGUCAAAACCCUAAUCUCGGAUUUGAACCUUCUCGUGAAGUUUCUAAGUUUACUAGCUAUAAUUCUGACUUAGAUCUCCCAGUUCAACAGCUUCUUCAGAUCGCGAAAUCAGCGAAAUCAGUUUUACGUUUGGGACUUGACGUUGGUGGUGGUACCGGCUCAUUUGCGGCGGCAAUGAAGGUGAGGAAUGUUACGGUGGUUACAACGACAAUGAAUGUUGUGGCGCCUUACAGUGAGGCAGUUGCGUUAAGGGGACUUGUGCCGCUUCAUGUUCCGUUGCAGCAGCGGUUACCGAUGUUUGACGGUGUUGUAGAUAUUGUUCGGUGUGGGAGGGCGGUGAAUCGAUGGAUUCCGGUGACAAUGUUGGAGUUUUUGUUGUUUGAUGUUGAUAGAGUGUUGAGAGGUGGAGGGUAUUUGUGGUUGGAUCAUUUUUUUAGUAAGGGUGUGGAUCUUGAUAAAGUGUAUAAGCCUUUGAUUGCGAAAAUGGGUUACAAGAAAGUGAAGUGGGCAACGGGGAAUAAGACUGAUGCUGGUGGUGUUAAGCAUGGAGAGCUUUACUUGACUGCAUUGCUUCAGAAGCCUCUCUCAAGAUGAGAGUCACAUUCAAAGUUCGAUAUAUGCUGUAAGGAAGAUUAACAUGCCAGUUCAUCCCGAUAUCCUUUGGUCUGGAUUUUAAUGGGGAGCUUAACGAAGAGUUUUCAUGUCCAAUGUGAUCCAUCAUCUCAAUGUUGUAAAAAAAAGAAUCAACACAUGGGAAGAAAGUAGAAGGAAGUCAAGCACAGGUGCAUAUCCGUGUGGACUUGGGAACUGGUGGGGGAAAAUAGUAUUUAUGAUAGUUUUUGCUUCUUCUUUUAUUAAAUUAAAUAAACUGUGCUAUCCCAAUAUUUGUUUUGGAAUAAAUUCAAUAAACGUCUUUUUCUGAUUCGUGUUCA